AUGCAACGAAAUGUUGCCAAUACAGUGACUACGUCCUUGCGCCCAACAACACAGUCUCCUGAUGGAAGUCAUGAUCAGAAUGCAUUGGUUGCUGAACUUUCAGCUGUUGAAUUAGGUGGCCCAGAUGAAUCAUCCAAGUCACAGAGCCCUAAAUCCCAGAGCAGGAAAUGUGUUCUGCUUGCACUUGUUGGUUUGCUGGUUGUGAUUAUCACCGUUGGUGGUGUCUGUGGAAGUGGUGUGUGCAGUGGAGGCAGCAGUGAACAAGAAGCCUUGGUACCUACGAUGGCUCCAACCUCACAGAAACAUGUUAAGCAUCAAAUGGCAAUUUUGGAUUUCUUUGGAGAGGGCUAUUUUGAUGGAAUGAAUGCUGACUCCUCCCAGUACCAGGCCUUGGAUUGGAUCACAAAUGAUCGCAUAGCACCGGAGGAUGGUCAUUUUAUUCAAAGAUUUGUUUUGGCAGUCUUCUACUUCCGCUUAUCACAGGAGUCACGGUGGGUCGACUGUGACCCUCAGAAUGGGAGCACCUGCAAAAAAAAGCGUGAUGGUCUUGUUUGGAUGCUUGGAACCAACGAAUGCUCAUGGGGUGGAAUAGACUGUGAUGAUAUAAGUGGCCAUGUGACAGAGUUGAGUAUGAUACAAAAUGACUUGAAUGGGGAGCUGCCAACAGAGCUGGCUGUUCUCUCCAAGUUGACUGUUCUCAAUCUGAUGGACAACAGACUCACAGGGCCCUUGCCAUCAGAACUCUGCACGCUUGCUUCGUUGGAGGAACUGAACUUGAGUGGCAAUUCUCUGUCAGGAGAAAUCAGCACUGAAAUUGGACUCCUGACAAGUCUUUCCAAGAUGGAUCUUUCAAACAAUCAGUUCUUAGGAAGCCUGCCAGAAGAGAUAUCAGCCUUGACAGGGUUGUACCAGUUUGACAUCCACGGAAAUUUUGCCCUGCAUGGCAAGAUUCCCCAAGCUGUUUGUGACAGUGCCAAUAGCCACAAUGAGACUGAAGAAAUAACAGUCAGGGCAGACUGUUCCAUACGGAAGGCUCUUGAUUCAAAUGUGACCUGCCCAAACCACUGCUGCACAGAAUGCUGCUACAAAGGGCGAUGCCAUCCUCCUUAUUGA